AUGCGUGCAAUUGGUUGGCAGGAUAUUGCUACACUAGCCGCUCUGGCUCUAUCAUUACAGAAUGUCUCAGGAGCAGGCACAUCUUUCCUCAAUCACACUGAGCUACUUGCUGAUCUGGAGAAUCCCGAAUGGUUUGAGCAGAACAUACCCUUUCUAGACCUCCCUACAAACCAAUCGCAGAUUCAGGAUGUCUACUACUACCGCUGGGAAACUUACCGAGAACACCUUGUUUAUACUGGGGCUCAGUAUGGCUACAUGACUAGUGAAUUCCUGCAACCAGUCAGCUAUGGUGCACCCUAUGGUGGCGUCAAUGCUGCGGCAGGCCACCAUAUCAAUGAAGGACGAUGGCUCCGUAACCUCCAAUACGGCCAAGACGUGGUGAACUACUGGAUUAAUGGGCCGGGACAACUCAACAAACCGACUACCUCCCUUGAUAAUCCAGACACUAGCGACUGGGCACACGAGUACAGUUUCUGGGCUGCAAGCUCAGUUUGGCGGCAGUAUAUGGUAACUGGUGAUAAGGCUUUUGUCGUCGGACAAUUAGACAACCUCGUCAAGCAGUACCGCGGCUGGGACAACCAUUUCAACGAUACCCUAGGCCUUUACUGGCAGUUCCCCGUCUGGGAUGCAACUGAGUAUAGUGCUGCCUCUUACAACUCAAGCGAUCCGUACCAUGGCGGCGCCGGCUUCCGUCCUACCAUCAACGGCUAUCAGUACGGUGAUGCCCGAGCAAUCGCGGAAAUUGCCAACUUGGCAGGCAAUUCGACGUUGGAGGACGAAUACAAUGGACGUGCUGAUGCUCUCCAGAGAGCAAUGCAGGCCAGACUAUGGGACAGUGAGCUCCAGCACUUCAUGCAUAUGGCCCGCGAUGACAAUCCUACUGGAGUGUUACUCACCUCGCGUGAGUUAAUGGGCUUCAUACCGUGGAUGUUCAGUAUGCCACAAGCAUCCGAUAUUGUUGCCUUUGAGCAGCUGACGGACCUCCAGGGCUUUGCAGCCAACUACGGCCCAACGACGCUCGAACGACGCAGUCAAUUAUUCAUGUACCAAGCCAGUUCCUGCUGUCGGUGGGAUGGGCCCUCCUGGCCCUAUGAAACAGCGCAGAUCCUGACUGCUGUUGAAAACGUGCUCAAUGAUUAUCCACCACAGCAGUAUAUUUCUGCGGCCGACUAUAUAACGCUUCUUCAGAACUAUGCCGCGACCCAGUUCAAGAACGGUCAGCCAUAUGUCGCCGAGGCUCAUGAUCCCGAUGCGGACAAAUGGAUCUACGAUUCUGAGGAUCAUAGUGAGGAUUAUAACCAUUCCACUUUCGUCGACAACGUUAUAGCCGGGCUCAUCGGCUUGCGGGCACAGCCAAAUGACACGGUAAUAGUUAACCCCCUAGCGCCGUCCUCAUGGGAUCACUUUGCUCUGGAGAACGUGGCAUACCAUGGCCACAAUGUGACUAUCAUGUGGGAUAGUUCUGGGUCAUCGUACAACCAGGGUCAGGGAUUCAAGGUCUACGUUGACGGACAGCUCCGCAGUAACCGUACCACUAUAGGUUUGCUCACAGUCAACGUCGGCCCCGUUGUUCCCCAGACUAUCAACCCACUGGUCAAUAUCGUUGCCAACGGCCAAAAAUUCCCUCUUGGAACGACACCAUUUGCUUCUUUUACCUUUCAAACCGACAAUGUCUGGAAUGCUGUUGACGGUAUCAUUUGGCGUACCGAGAUCCCUGAGAAUACCCGUUGGACUUCAUACUCUAGUCCAAACGGAGAGGACUCCUUUGGCGUCGAUUUCCAGCGCCCCCAAGCUGUUUCCGAUGUUAGACUGUAUUUCUAUUAUGACAAUAUUGGCGUACAUCUACCUGCUAGUUUCGAUCUCCAGUACUGGACGGGAACCACCUGGACGACUAUUCCGAAUCAACAGGUUGAUGUAUCCUCUUCCACUUCGAACACCCAGACUACAAUCACUUUCCCGACGGUUAUUACCUCAAAACUGCAAGUUGUCGCCCCCAAUCCUGGCUCUGGGAAUGGCUGGGGUCUUUCCGAGUUCGAGGUGUGGGCGCCGGCGAUCUUUGAGUUGCAAAACAAUAAUAGCGCGAAGCUUAUGGGUGUGGAAAAUGAGUCAAAAUCAAACAAUGCGGCGAUACAGCAGUACGAGGACAAUGGAACCACUGAUCAUCUCUGGCAAUUUAUACGCACCACUGGUGGCUGGUACAAGAUCAUGAACCAAAACAGCGGCCUCCUACUAAGCGUACAGGACAUGUCCACUUCCGACAGUGCUGCUCUCCAACAGUACCAGGAUAGUGGAAUGGAAGAUCAACUCUGGCGAGUAGAAUCACAAGGCAGUGGUCUAUUCCUCAUCAGGAACAAGCAUAGUGGGCUUGUUGUGGGCGUCGAUGGUGAGUCGAUGGACAACAGUGCCAAUGUCGUUCAGUUCGAAGAUACCGGAACCAAAGAUCACUUAUGGAGUAUACUUCCAGCAGUUCCCGUCAGUGAGUUAAAUAGCACUCUCAAUUGA